CUGAUGAUGAAUAAUUACAUCUCUAGUUGGCCUGAUAUGGGAUUGUAGCCGGACGCGCCUUCAUAUAGCGGCCGUCAGGAACCCCAGCAAGCAACCCAGCCGCCCAUUGCCGGCAUUGCUCGCAGCGCUAGCUUCUUGCGCUCAUCAGUCGUCUCCGACCAAGAUCAGCAAGGACGGCAUGGCUCUCGAAGCAGCGUACGACUACCUGCACGUCGCCGUCGUCCAGUGCACGCCCACACAAGCAGCAGCAGUCCUCGGCGUCCUCCUCCUCCUCGCCAUCCGGCUAGCCGCGGCGGCGAGGAGCUCGUCCGCGACGUCCCCCAAAUGGAAGCAGCACAGGCUGCCGCCGACGCCUCCGGGGAAGCUCCCCAUCAUCGGGCACCUCCACCUCAUCGGCUCCCACCCGCACGUCUCCUUCCGCGACCUCCACGCCAAGUACGGCCACAACGGGCUGAUGCUGGUGCAGGUCGGCGCCGUGCCCACCAUCGUGGUGUCCACGCCGCAGGCCGCCGAGGCCGUGCUCCGCACGCACGACCACGUGCUGGCGUCCCGCCCGCGGAACCCCGUCGCCGACAUCAUCCGCUACAACUCGACGGACGUGGCCUUCGCGCCGUACGGCGAGUACUGGCGCACGGCGCGGAAGGUGGUCAACACGCACCUGCUCAGCGCCAAGAUGGUCUUCUCCAAGCGGCGGGAGCGGGAGGAGGAGGUGCGCCUGGUGGUGGCCCGGAUCCGCGACGCCGCCGAGGCGUCCCCGGGGACGGCGCUCGACAUGACGGAGCUGCUGGGCGGCUACGCCAGCGACUUCGUGUGCCGCGCCGUGCUCGGCGAGUCCCACCGGAAGCAGGGCCGGAACAAGCUGUUCCGGGAGCUGACGGAGACCAGCGCCGCCCUCCUGGGCGGGUUCAACGUGGAGGACUACUUCCCGAAGCUGGCGGACGUGGACCUGUUCCUCCGGAUCAUCUGCGCCAAGGCCAAGGGCGUCAGCAAGCGGUGGGACAGCCUCUUCAACGAGCUGCUGUCCGAGUACGCGCUCUCCGGCGGCAAGCAGGGCGACCACAACUCUGAAGACUUCGUGCACCUCUUGCUGUCGCUGCAGAAAGACUACGGUCUCACCACGGAUAACAUCAAGGGCAUACUUGUGAACAUGUUCGAAGCAGCCAUCGAGACAUCAUUCCUGGUGCUGGAGUACUCCAUGAGCGAGCUGAUGAACAACCGCCACGUCCUGGCCAAGCUCCAGAAGGAGGUGAGGACGGCGACGCCCGACGGCCGCAUGGUGAUGGAGGAGGACCUGAGCCGGAUGCCAUACCUGAAGGCCACCAUCAAGGAGUCCAUGCGCAUCCACCCGCCGGCGCCGUUCCUCCUGCCGCACUUCUCCACCCACGACUGCGAGAUCAACGGCUACACCAUCCCCGCCGGCACGCGCGUCAUCGUCAACGCGUGGGCGCUCGCCAGGGACCCGACGUGCUGGGACAAGGCCGAGGAGUUCUUCCCGGAGCGCUUCCUGGAACAAGGCCGCGACGCCGAGGUCGACAUGUACGGCAAGGACAUCCGGUUCGUGCCGUUCGGGGCUGGGCGCAGGAUCUGCGCGGGGGCCACGUUCGCCAUCGCCACCGUCGAGAUCAUGCUCGCGAACCUCAUCUACCAUUUCGACUGGGAGAUGCCCGCCGAGAUGGAGCGCACCGGGGCCAAGGUGGACAUGUCCGAUCAGUUCGGGAUGACGCUUCGCCGGACGCAGAAACUUUACCUUGUUCCUAGAAUUCCCAAAUGAGUGUCGUCGUCGUCGUACAAAUGGCAUGCAUCUUAUUGUAAGUUUUGGAGUUUGUUGUUGCACACGCAACGAUGGACCGCCUGUGAUAUCUUUAAUAAAUGUAACCGCAGAUAAUAAUGAAAUAAAAAGAACGCAUGGCUAUUGUAUUAU